GGGGACAUUGUAAAAAUGGAAGGUCUACUUGGUAGACCAGACAUGGUAUUCAUUUACGACGCGAACGAAAUCGAGCGUAUCUUUAGACAAGAAGAACGAAUGCCGUAUAGACCAUCAAUGCCCUCGUUGAAUUAUUACAAGCAUGUGCUUAGAAAGGAGUUCUUCAGGGAGAAUGCUGGCGUGAUUGCAGUUCAUGGUGAAAGCUGGUACAAUUUCCGGAGUAAGGUGCAACAGGUGAUGCUGCAACCAAGAACGGCGAGAAUGUACAUUGGGGCUAUCGAAGAGGCUAGUUUAGCGUUCCUUCAAAGGAUCAAGAAAAUACAAGACGAAAAUAACGAGAUGCCUGAUGAUUUCCUUAAUGAGAUUCAUAAAUGGUCAUUGGAAUCUAUUGCGCGUGUAGCACUGGACGUUCGACUGGGCUGCUUGGACGAUGACGCAAACGUAGAAACUCAGCAAUUAAUAGACGCGGUUAUUACGUUCUUCAAGAACGUGGGAGUAUUGGAACUGAAGUUCCCAUUCUGGAAAUUAUUCAACACGCCCACGUGGAUGCAAUACGUGAACGCUCUCGACACUAUCGUUAGUAUAACGUUUAAAUACACGGAAGCUGCUCUUUCAAAGAUAAAAGAAGCAGGGAAUUCUGACAAGGAACCUUCUCUUCUCGAGAGACUCUUGACUCUGGAAAAUAACACCCGAUUAGCUACAAUACUCUCUCUUGAUUUAUUCCUAGUUGGUAUUGACACUACUUCCAGUGCAGUUGCAUCAACUUUGUAUCAAUUAGCUCUGCACCCUGACAAGCAAGAGCUGGCUUAUGAUGAAGUCUGUAGUGUUCUUCCAAGUGAAAAUAUGCAACUGGAAGGAAAUCACCUGGAUAAACUGAAGUACUUGAAGGCGUGCAUUAAGGAAACACUAAGGAUGUAUCCAGUAGUGAUUGGCAAUGGACGAUGCAUGACCAAAGACACUAUAAUCAAGGGGUACCGUGUACCUAAAGGAGUACAAGUGGUUUUCCAGCAUUACGUGAUAAGCAAUCUCGACAAGUACUUUCCACGAAGUAAGGAAUUCCUUCCAGAGAGAUGGCUGCAAAACGAUGGCAUGCGUCACAGUUUCGCGUCACUUCCUUUCGGCUACGGAAGACGAAUGUGUUUAGGUCGACGGUUCGCUGAACUCGAGAUGCUCGUUGUUAUUAGCAAGAUUCUGCAACAUUACAAGAUAGAAUAUCAUCACGAGAAGCUGGAGUAUUACAUCAAUCCUAUGUACACGCCUAAAGGACCUCUAAACUUAAAAUUUGUCGAUAGGUAA